CCUCCUGUCGGGGCGCGAAUGCCGCUGGCGGCGAAGGAACUCUGCCCGGCCGCGCUGGGCCUGCGGCCACGGAGAACUGCCCGGCUGGCGAGCAGUGCUGCGCCGGCUCCCUCCGCGGCCCGCAGUUCCGGGUGGCUCUGGGCCGCGCUGGGCCUGGUCACUUCCCUCAGUUUCGCCACCCGCUUCUAUCGCCUGCAGGAGCCGCCGCACGUCUGUUGGGAUGAAACACAUUUUGGAAAGAUGGGAAGUUAUUACAUUAAUCGGACCUUUUUCUUUGAUGUCCAUCCACCUCUGGGGAAGAUGCUAAUAGGACUGGCUGGCUACCUGAGUGGUUACAAUGGGACAUUUCCUUUCCAGAAGCCAGGGGACAAAUAUGAAGAACACAACUAUAUAGGAAUGAGAGGGUUCUGUGCAUUCCUUGGUUCGUGCCUGAUUCCCUUUUCUUACCUCACGGUGCUGGAGCUGUCCAAAUCUCUGCCUGCAGCAAUGCUCACAGCUGCCAUUCUGAUUUUUGACACAGGGUGCAUUACUCUUUCACAGUACAUUCUGCUUGAUCCCAUUCUGAUGUUCUUCCUCAUGGGAGCUGUAUUUGGUAUGGUCAAGUAUAAUUCCUGUUCAAACAGGCCCUUUUCUGCCCCCUGGUGGUUCUGGCUGUGCUUGACCGGGAUAAACCUUGCAGGUACAAUGGGGGUGAAAUUUGUUGGCCUUUUUGUAGUCCUCCUGGUUGGAUUGAACACAAUAUGUGACCUUUGGGAGCUGCUAGGUGACCUCAGUCUCUCACUGGUCACUCUGGGGAAGCACUUCUUGGCUCGGGUCCUCUGCCUCAUUAUGCUGCCUCUUGCCCUCUACACGGCUCAGUUUGCAGUUCAUUUUGCAGUGUUAAACAGAAGUGGGCCCGGUGAUGGCUUUUUCAGCUCUGGAUUUCAGUCCCGGCUGAUUGGGAACAACCUUCAUAAUGUCUCUGUUCCGGAGUACCUGGCCUAUGGCUCUGUGGUAACAAUGAAGAACCUUCGUAUGGCAGGCGGAUACCUUCACUCCCACUGGCACCUGUAUCCCGAGGGAGUGGGAGCAAGACAGCAGCAGGUCACUGCAUAUUUACACAAAGACUUGAAUAAUUUAUGGAUUAUAAAGAAAUACAACUUGAACACAGAUCAUUCAGACCCGUCUUUCCCUGUGGAGUUUGUGAAGCAUGGAGAUAUUAUCCGUCUGGAACACAAAGAGACUUCUAGAAACUUGCACAGUCACCAGCAUGAGGCCCCGUUGACGAGAAAGCACCUUCAGGUCACUGGGUACGGCAUAAAUGGGACUGGAGAUUCCAAUGAUUUCUGGCGAAUUGAGGUUGUGGGAAGAAAGGCAGGGAAACAUAUCAAAGUCCUACGUAGUCAAAUCCGAUUGAUUCAUCUGGCUACAGGCUGUAUCUUGGGUUCAACUGGAAAGACACUGCCAAAAUGGGGCUGGGAGCAGGUGGAAGUCACUUGUACGCCAUACCAGAAGGAGUCUCCCAAUUCCCUCUGGAAUGUUGAAGACCACAUCAAUCCCAGGUUGCGCAACAUCAGUCUGGAUGUUCUGAAACCCUCCUUUCCAGAGAUUCUGGUGGAGUCUCAUAUGGUUAUGAUCCGAGGAAAUAGUGGCCUCAAACCAAAGGAGAAUGAAGUAACAUCCAAGCCCUGGCACUGGCCCAUCAAUUACCAGGGCUUGCGUUUUUCAGGAGUGAAUGAGACCGAUUAUAGGGUUUAUUUGCUAGGAAACCCGGUGAUCUGGUGGCUGAAUCUGGUCACUAUUGGCUUAUAUCUCAUAAUGGCAACAUUCGUAUCUGUGGCUAUCAAGAGAGGAGCUCACCUGACAGCUGAGCGCAAAGAGCUUUCCCGAGUCCUGUUGCAUGGUGGAGGACUGAUCAUGCUGGGGUGGCUUCUCCAUUAUCUUCCUUUCUUCAUGAUGGGCAGAGUUCUAUAUUUUCAUCAUUACUUCCCUGCCAUGCUCUUCUCUUCCAUGCUGACGGGGAUUACGUGGGAUGUAUUCCUGAAAUUCUGUGCUGGGACCCUGUCAGCCAGCAUCCAAAUUUACAAUUGUGGGAUAGUGCUGUUGAUUUUGCUCACUAUAUACAGCUUCUACCUCUUCCAUCCUCUCUCUUACGGGAUGAUAGGACCUCUGGCUUCUGAUCCCAACAGCCCAAUGGCAGGACUUAGGUGGCUGGAAACGUGGGAGUUCUAGAUCAAGCCUGCAACAAAAAAGUAACUGAAGAAGAGUGCUG